CGCGUGCGCUCUGGGGAAGGUGACUUGCUGCUUCCCGGGUCGUAAAAAAAUCAUGUCGUUCUUUCGGUCGCUGCGCCUUUUUCAGCCUUUGGCGUCCUGGAGCCGGCCGGUGCCUCUGGGGUCCCGCCCCCUCCACGCGGGAGUCGGGGCUGCGUCCAGCAAGGAGCACCUGAAGAAGCUGCGGCAGAAGACCGGCUACUCCUUCACCAACUGCAAGAAAGCGCUGGAAACUUGUGGCGGCGACCUGGCCCAGGCAGAAGCGUGGCUCCAUAAGCAGGCCCAGAAGGAAGGAUGGAGCAAAGCUACUAAACUUCAGGGAAGAAGAACUAAGGAAGGGCUGAUUGGAUUAUUACGGGAAGGGAAUUCAGCUGUAAUGGUGGAGGUGAACUGUGAGACAGAUUUCGUUUCGAGAAAUUUAAAAUUUCAACAACUGGUUCAGCAAGUGGCUCUUGGAACCAUGCUGUACUGUCAGAGUCUGAGGGAACAGCUCUCCACCUACAGGAAGGGUUUUCUAGAGACAGCUGAGCUUGCUCAACUUAGAGCAGGACCUAAUCGAGAAGACUCUCUCAAGGACCAGUUGACAUUAUUUAUUGGCAGACUGGGAGAAAACUUGACUCUUAAGCGAGCUGCAUGGGUGACUGUACCAGAUGGAUUCUACAUUGGUUCCUAUGUACAUGGAGCAAUGCACAGUCCCUCUCUCAGUAACAUGGUGCUUGGGAAAUAUGGCGCAUUGGUCAUCUGCCAGACAUCUGAAGAGAAACUGAAUCUUGAAGACCUUGGCCGACGACUUGGUCAGCACGUCGUGGGAAUGGCACCUCUGUCUGUAGGCUCAAUGGAAGAUGAGCCUGGUGGAGAAGAGGAAACAAAGAUGCUUGCUCAGCCCUAUUUGCUGGAUCCUAGCAUCACAUUGGGACAGUAUGUAAAGCCCCAGGGCGUGUCUGUGGUAGACUUUUUGAGGUUUGAAUGUGGAGAAGAUUUUGAGGCAGCAAAAACAGAAUAGAUUCCAUGGACAUUCUGGACCUCAGACAAUUAUUAACUGAGCCACUCUGUGUCCUGAGGGAAUUGGUUUGAUCACUGUUUCAGUAAUACAUGUGAGCUGUUUCUCUCUGGGUUUAUGGUAAAACUGAAAAGGUAGUUCAAUGCAGCAGCUCCAAAUAAAGAUGCUUUCUUCGUUAUAGAA